GGAAAAAAAAUCCUCCUCAGCUGUGACGGGCUCUUGUGUAGCGACACUAACAAACCGGUGACCGGAGCCGCUCGUUACCGUCAAAUUAAAGGAAAUGGAUUUCAGCUCGAGAGGAGAGGACGGGAGCCCGAACGGCCCGCGGUCGUAGAACGAGAUCAGAAAGGCGCGUGGUCUGCGCGGUGGCGGCGGCAGCGGCGGCGGACGCCUACGUUUUAUUUCUCUCGCGCUCCUCUCUGGACACAGUUGUGCUGAGCGCGUGCUGCUGCCGUUGGAUCGGUCAGUGGCGUCGGGCAGGAGCGGCCGUUCCUCUUUGCUCUCUCUGUGUGUGUGUGCGUGUGUGUGUGUGAUUUAAUAUAUGUAUGCAUGUGUGGUUUGCGCGUGAACCGGCAGAAUCGAAGACCGAGCAGGGCCAGCGCGAGCCAGCAAGAGAGGCAGGCAGAGGGAGAGAGGCGACCCGCGAGCGCUCAGCUAGCAACCGUACGUUUACACUGCGAGAGAUGGUCACGUCCACACCGGGGAUCCUUCUGCUGCCGAUGCUAAUAUGUCUCCAGCACUGCGUUGACGUCCACGGUACGAAGACAGAAUGUGAGGCCAGCCAGUUUCAGUGUGGGAACGGUCGCUGCAUCCCGUCCGUCUGGCAGUGUGACGGAGACGAGGACUGCACCGACGGCAGCGAUGAGAACUCCUGUGUUAAAAAGACUUGUGCAGAGGCAGACUUUGUGUGUCAGAACGGCCAGUGCGUCCCGAAGAGGUGGCACUGCGAUGGAGAGCCGGACUGUGAGGACGGGACGGACGAGAGCCUGGACAUCUGCCACAUGAGGACGUGUCGUGUGAAUGAGUUCAGCUGCGGAGCCGGCUCCACCCAGUGUAUCCCCGUCUUCUGGAAAUGUGACGGCGAGAAGGACUGUGAUAACGGCGAGGACGAGGUCAACUGUGGUAACAUCACCUGCGCUCCGAACGAGUUCACGUGCGCCAGUGGCCGCUGCAUCUCGCGGAACUUUGUGUGCAACGGCGAGGACGACUGCGGCGACGGCUCGGACGAGGUGGAGUGCGCUCCGUCCUCCUGCGGUCCCAGCGAGUUCCAGUGCGGGAACUCGUCGUGCAUCCCUGCCAGCUGGGUGUGUGACGACGACGUUGACUGCCAGGAUCAGUCAGAUGAGUCUCCGUCUCGUUGCGGCCGUCACCCGACGCCGCCGGCGAAGUGUUCGUCCAGCGAGAUGCAGUGCCGCUCAGGAGAGUGCAUUCACAAGAAGUGGAGGUGUGACGGAGACCCCGACUGCAAGGACGGCAGCGACGAAGCCAACUGUCCUGUGCGCACCUGUGGACCAGAUCAGUUUAAAUGCGAUGAUGGAAACUGCAUCGUUGGCAGCAAGCAGUGUAACGGCAUCAGAGACUGCAGCGACGGAUCGGACGAAGUCAACUGCAAAAACAUGACUCAGUGUAACGGGCCAGAGAAGUUCAAGUGUCGCAGCGGGGAGUGUAUCGAGAUGAGCAAAGUGUGCAACAAGGCCCGAGACUGUCCCGACUGGAGCGAUGAACCCAUCAAGGAAUGCAAUCUAAACGAGUGUCUCCUGAACAACGGCGGCUGCUCACACAUCUGCAAAGACAUGGUGAUCGGCUUCGAGUGCGACUGCACGCCUGGACUGCAGCUCAUCGACCACAAGACCUGCGGAGACAUCAAUGAGUGUCUGAACCCCGGCAUCUGCAGUCAGAUCUGCAUCAACCUGAAGGGAGGGUACAAGUGCGAAUGCCACAACGGCUACCAGAUGGAUCCGACCACCGGAGUCUGCAAGGCUGUCGGUAAGGAGCCCUGCCUGAUCUUUACCAACCGUCGAGACAUCCGUCGUCUGGGUCUGGAGAGGAAGGAGUACACUCAGAUUGUGGAGCAGCAGAGGAACACGGUGGCUCUGGACGCAGACUUUGACCAGCAGAUGAUCUUCUGGGCCGACCUGGGCCAGAAGGCCGUGUAUAGCACCGUGUUGGACAAACGAGGGGACAUCGGCGCCCACAGCAAAGUGAUCGACAACGUCCAGACUCCAGUGGGAAUCGCCGUGGACUGGAUCUAUAAGAACCUGUACUUUUCCGACCUGAGCACCAAAACCAUCUCCGUGGCCAACUUCAACGGAACCAAACAGAAAGUUCUGCUCAACAGAGGCCUGAAAGAACCGGCCUCCAUCGCUGUGGAUCCUCUGUCUGGGUUUCUGUACUGGUCUGACUGGGGCGAACCUGCCAAGAUCGAGAAAUCUGGUAUGAACGGAGUGAACAGACAGGUUCUGGUGGCGACGGACAUCCAGUGGCCGAAUGGAAUCACUCUGGAUCUGAUCAAAGGCAGGUUGUACUGGGUCGAUUCAAAGCUGCACAUGCUCUGUAGCGUCGACCUGAACGGAGACAACAGGAAGAAAGUGCUGCAGUCCUCAGACUACCUGGCUCAUCCCUUCGCUCUCACUGUGUUUGAGGAUCGAGUCUUCUGGACAGACGGUGAAAACAAAGCCAUCUACGGCGCGAACAAGUUCACCGGCUCGGACGUGGUGACGCUCGCCAGCAACCUGAACGACCCCCAAGACAUCAUAGUCUAUCACGAGCUGAUCCAGCUGUCGGGUACUAACUGGUGCACAGAAAAAGGUGAAAAUGGAGGCUGCAGCUACAUGUGUCUGCCCGCACCGCAAAUCAACAAACACUCCCCCAAAUACACCUGUGUGUGUCCAGAGGGACAGGAGCUGGCCGCCGACGGUUUACGCUGCAGACCUGACCCCUCUACCAAAGGUCCCUCAAAGGAUGAUGGGAAAGCUCUAAUACAGCCGCCCCCAGAAGCGAACGUGAGCACGUCGAUCCAGGUGAACUCCACAGCCCGAGGAUCAGCUGCUGCCUGGGCCAUACUACCUGUCUUGCUGCUGGCGAUGGCGGUGGCGGGCGGCUACCUGAUGUGGAGAAACUGGCAGCUGAAGAACCAGAAGAGCAUGAACUUCGACAACCCCGUCUACCUGAAGACCACAGAAGAAGACCUCAACAUUGACAUCACCCGGCACAGCGCCAACGUGGGACACACCUACCCGGCGAUUUCGAUAGUGAGCACAGAUGAUGAUUUGUCCUGAUCAUCUUCAGGUUGUUUUUUCUUCUUCUUCUUCUGUUUUUUUUUUGUUUUUUUUUUUUACGGCAGCCCGUAGCGCUACGGCAUGUUGUCCGUAGCAGCAGCAGCCCUUACAGUACGACCACAUGCCUUCUGAAGUGCAUUAAUGUCAUUAUCUGUGGUGAAGAAGACCGAAGGAAAUGUUAUUUAUUAUGUGAAUACUACGAUGAAUUAUGUGUCAUAACUGUUUUCACUCAACGCGUCCAAAGUGUUAUGGAUUUUUCUUUUUUAUAUUCUUUUUGGUCUUUAUUUCCGGGCCUCCGACUUCCAACUUCCUGUCUAUUUUUGCCCUCCCCCUCCACACACGCAUUCAUAAAAGAGUCCGACACCAUCAACGGAGUGAAUUAUUUUCCGGUUGCCUCUUAACGGGGCUGGGAAAACCCGACAAGAGGACAGAUCAACUCUGCUGGACAGGAUUUGAAACUGAAGAUCUGAGCUUGACGUGUGUUUUAAAGAUGGCGGGGGAGACCCUGGCGGGGGUCAGGGGUCGUUUAGGAAUGAGGCAUUCAUUGGGGAGGGGUGAAGCUUGGUCCAAACUUAAUUUCAUUCUCGCCUCCUCUGAUCCACAAGGUCAGAAGUGUGAAUAUUUAUCAUAAUUUGAGCAGUAAAAUCAAAAUAAUGUAAGUUUCCUCCAUUUUGUUCAUUUCUAUGUUUAUUUUUAUGUUUCCUUUCCUACGGUACGUCCCGGAGCUCAUUCUUACAGGCAGUAAGUCAGUAAUUAUCAUCAUUAUUAUUAUUAAUUAUUAUUAGUAUUAUUAAUGUAGAAGCUGUGUAAGGAUCACCAUGGUUGCAGCAUUUGUAAACACUGUACAUAUUUCCCUCAGAGACAUGACCGUCAAUCAGGACUCUCUUCAAUGCACUUUGAUCAAAUGUUCCUUGUGUAAAUAAGAUUGUAUACAUUUGACUUGAAAUCAAUUUUUUGCUAUGGUUGGGCAUCGUACCAGGGGUUAGAGAUCAGAUGUAUUUAACAACAAAGAAAAAGCUGAAAAAAAAAGAGGAAAAAAAACAAACACAACUGAAUUUGGGUAAAAAAAACAAAACAACUAUUUUGUAUGUUUGUGUGCUGUUGCUGUGAACUUUUUCUAGCCUUGUACAGUGAUGGGGAACACUAUUAAAACUUAAGAGCUCUGUAUCUGUGAAGAAACCGAUUUGAGAAUCACUUCAGAAUUAAAACCUAAUCCACAACGUUGUUCAAAAA